GAUCAGUGGGGCAACUCUGCCAGACUCCGUCUUUACACACCAAAGUCCGUGUGAUUAGCAGGCAUAAAGAUAUUUGUAUGCACACUUGAGUUCAGAGCACUCAGUAUUACAUCUUCAGCUCUCACAACCAGACCUCACUGAAGACUCAUGGCCGAUGAGAAGAUGGAGAUUGGGGAAAUUGGGACAACUCUUAUGUCUUCAGAGGCUAAGAUGCCUCCAGCCAGACCUCCUAACAGAUUUGAGAGGUUAAUACAGCCGUGUCUGGGUGAGCUGGUGGGAACAACAUUCUUUGUGUUUAUUGGGUGUGUGUCAGUCAUAGAGAAUGUGGAGUCCGCAGGGAGGCUUCAGCCAGCUCUGGUGCACGGUCUGGCUGUGGCCAUCAUGGUGGCAUGCAUGGCUGAGAUCAGUGGGUCCCAUUUCAACCCCCCAUUCACUCUGGCCAUCUAUCUAUGUGGAGGGAUGGAGAUGAAUAUGGUGGCCCCAUACCUUGCAUGUCAGUUGGUUGGAGGGGUGCUUGGAGCUGCUAUGGCAAAGGCGAUGACAUCGAGAGAGAACUUCACCAAAGCCCAUGGGGCUGCUUUUGAUCUGCUGCAACCGGGCGGUGAAAUAGGAGGAGCUCUGUUUGGAGAGGUCGCCAUGACCUGCCUGGUCACCAUGGUGGUGCUGCUGGGGGCUGUCAAUGCCAAGACCAGAAGCCCCCUGGUGCCUUUUAUGGUGGGCUGCACAGUGAUCAUCAACAUCUUGGCCGGUGGAGAUGUAUCUGGCACUUGUCUGAACCCAGCCAGAGCUUUCGGUCCAGCCAUCGUCAGCAACUACUGGACUUAUCACUGGGUCUACUGGGUGGGACCCAUCGCAGGAGGCCUACUAGCAGCUGCACUGGUUCGACUCCUGCUUGGAGACAGAAAGAUUCGACUCAUUCUGAACUAAGGUCCUGUGUACAUGAACUUAAGAGAUGUGUUUAUCAUCUAGAGUUACAAUAUAACCCCCUACUUUUGUUCCACUAAGAUGUUUUAUGUAUUAUUAUACUUUCUUUGCUAUACAAUAAAUUGACUUUUACAUAC